AUGUUUCCUUGGUGUCCCGAAGCGUCGAUAUCACGCGCGGGCUGUUCUGAGCUUGGAGGUUCGAAUCCCGUGCCCAACUCUACAAGCGUUCCGGGGGCUCCAUAUGUCCCAUUGAUUCCGUUCACAGGAUCUUUCUUUAGGUCACUCGAGUGCAAUGUUUCGUCUUCCAAGGAGGUAGUGAAGCUCGCCCCGUUCGUGGAAAGAGUGGGUUUCCAAACUUUAACAGAGUCCUCUUACCUUGGAAACACGCCACAGAUUAAUAAUAUGGCCUCCCCAAUUGAUCCAAUGUUGAAAACCUACUCUCUGCCUGCUCCGCAGGUGUCCAAGAAACUGUUCCCAAUUGCUGGAAUCCUUUGCUCCAUCUAUGGUCUGGAUGAACUCCCUAUGCAAGCUAAGGAGGUAUCAUGUCUAUACCUCAUGCACCCACGACUGAGCACGGCAGAUUCAAUGGAAGGCUUUGCGUGCCAUGCUAUUGCAGAUUGGAACAACAGACUGCGGGAGGGGCGAGUGUCCGUAAGCCAGCAAAACAAGGGUCUAAUUGCGGUAGCAUUUGACCAACGGAAUCAUGGAUUGAGACUCGUUGACAAGCUGUCAAACUGCGCUUGGAAGGAGGGAAAUCCUAAACAUGCACAGGAUAUGUUUGCUACGUAUCAGGGCACGGCUCGUGAUGUCUCCCUCUUAAUAGACUUCAUGGACACCUAUGCCUUCCCGGAUGCCUCACGCAAAAUCACAACUAACCUUGCCCUCGGUGUCUCUCUCGGUGGCCACUCAGUAUGGAACUGCCUCCUACACGAACCCCGAGUCACUAAUGCCGUCAUCAUCAUUGGCACCCCAGACUACACAAGCCUAAUGACUGAACGUGCCAAACUCUCCAAACUAUCCUCUUGGAAAGAUUCCACACCGCCAGGCUCCCAAUUCCUCGGCUCCGAAUCCUUCCCACAGUCGCUCAUGGAUGCCAUCAGGAAAUACGAUCCUGCUAGAUUCUUCCUGAGCCAGCUGGGCAACCCUAUCGUCUCAGAACCCAUGCUCCAUGGCAUCCUUCCCGAACCCACCGAUCAUGAAAAGAAAGUCAUCGGCCCACUCAUAACACGGUGUCUACAGGGGAAAAGAAUCAUGCUGAUCUCUGGUGGUAAGGAUAAGUUGGUCCCAUACGCGCGAGGAGAGCCGUUUCUGAUGUGGCUGAAAAAGGCGAUUUCGCCAGGCGGGUGGUUUGCCAAUGGAGCUGUGACUUUAGAGGAUCUCAUAUUUGAAGACGCGGGACACGAGGUUACCCCCGCGAUGAUGGAGCAGGCAAUUCGGUUUAUUGGGGAAACCCUUGCAACGUGCGCUGAGAGCGCGCAGCCCAAGGUGCUCACGUCGAAGAUAUAG